AUGCAUCUACAGGAGUUGUUAUUGAUUGUGGCCGUGUUGUUGCCACAAAGUUUGCGGGCUUUACGCUAUAGUCAGGGAACUGGCGAUGAGAACUGUGAGACCCUCAAGUCGGAGAUACAUCUGAUCAAGGAGGAGUUCGAUGAGUUGGGACGCAUGCAGCGAACUUGCAACGCCGAUGUCAUUGUCAACAAAUGCGAGGGACUCUGCAACAGUCAGGUGCAACCCUCAGUGAUAACUCCAACGGGGUUUCUGAAAGAGUGCUAUUGCUGCCGCGAAAGCUUCCUCAAGGAAAAGGUCAUCACUCUGACCCAUUGCUAUGAUCCGGAUGGCACUCGUCUCACCUCCCCCGAGAUGGCCACCAUGGACAUUCGUCUCAGAGAGCCCACUGAGUGUAAAUGCUUCAAAUGCGGCGACUUUACACGCUAA